AUACGUGGUGUCGAAUCUCUUGCGAUAAACAAAGAUUUGUAUUCAUUAUGCCGCCUAAAGCUAGUGGUAAAGCUGUUAAAAAAGCUGGUAAAGCUCAGAAGAACAUUAGUAAAUCCGAUAAAAAGAAGAAGCGUAAGAGGAAGGAAAGCUAUGCUAUUUACAUCUACAAAGUACUUAAACAAGUACAUCCGGACACUGGUAUUUCAAGUAAAGCCAUGAGCAUUAUGAACAGUUUUGUCAAUGAUGUUUUUGAACGAAUUGCCGCGGAAGCAUCGAGAUUAGCUCAUUACAAUAAACGUUCGACGAUCACUUCUCGAGAAAUUCAAACUGCAGUGCGUUUGUUGUUACCUGGUGAGCUCGCAAAACACGCUGUUAGCGAAGGUACUAAAGCUGUGACCAAAUACACGAGCUCAAAAUAAAUGAUUAAUAUCAUGGAAUUAUAAAACCGGCCCUUUUUAGGGCCACCAAAUAAGUUUUUACGUUGAACAUGUCCUCGUAUAAAAAUAUUUUAAUUUUUAAUUGUUAUCUUCUAUUUAAUGAAAACAAAUGGAGCGAAUGAGUAUUUUAUAAAUAAAUAUUAUGUUAAAUUACUAUUUACGUUACGUGCAUAAUAUACUGUAAAUGCGUUAAAAAAAGGAUGCCGACUUGUAACUAGUAAUAAAAUAACAAAAUUUUUUUUUUGUAAAAGCAAAGAAAACUAUGAACUAAAGCAAAUUAAAUUAAAAUGCUUUUAUAAUGAAUAACAAUUGAUUUUCAAGGUCAAGAUAGUUAAUUGAGAUAUGUAAUUCCAACUAUACUACUAAUAAAUGAAUUAUUAUUAUAAUUGAUAUUAUCAGAAAAGUUCCAAUUCAUUAAUGA